UAAAAUUACAAGUUUAUCCCUUCCUCUCCCUCGUUCUCAGUUUCAGUUCUCACGCGGGAGUGAAAAACCCUACCCUGCGCAACGUUCUUCUUCUCCUUCCUCUCCCUCACCGGCGACGGCCAAGCUUUCUCUCUCUCUAAAACUCUUCGAAAAGCUUUAUUUGUUGCAGAAGAUGAAAAUCUUGGAUGCCAAUGUUGCUCCACUUACAAAUUUUGAGGUCCUUGAUUUCUUACGCUCCAAAGGAGCUUCAAAAGAUCCAUCUAGGGUUAUUGCCAAAGUAGCAAUGUCUGAAUACAAGGUUUACGAUUAUUUGGUUAAUACUUCCGCCAAUGUUCAAACAAGAGAGGACAUUGCUGAGUAUUUGUCAGGUAUUAAACUACAUGAUCUGUCAGAGGCUGAGAUUCUCAACAUAGUAAACAUCAGACCGGCUGCUGUAGUUGAAAUAUAUCCUAUCAUAGAGGAAUGUCCCGACCGUUUUCCAGAUGAAGAGGUAACUGAAAUAGUAGAGCUGGUGGAAAAAACAUUGCCAACACUGACUAUCAACGAGACAGCAGUAGAAAACACUGAGGGUGAUGAAGAAACAGACACACAGGCACAUGAAAAUGGUAACGUGAGUCAAGAAAAAACUGAAGGCGAGGAACCAAUGGACACAAGUUGAGAUCUAAUUGUAACCUCAAUAUUUUAUGACUAGCACCAGAGGAUCUCAUGAAAGUUGUUAACUAAUAUAAUUUUGAGUUGGUGAAAAUGAUUCUUAUAUGGCAAGUCUUGUGGUCGUGUUACUUCUACAGGAAGUUUUGGCGAUGCAAAUGCUUGCUUUGCUUAUUGUAUAAAGAAAACUUAGAAUUUCUUAAUAUAUAUCCUUCUAGUGAUUGCUUUUUUGUUGUCCAAAA